UUUCUUGUGUUUUAAUAUUUGCUUUACAAGUAUUUCUAUGAGUUCUUUAUUAUUGUGGUAAUGAGUUCUUUAUUAUUGGGGUAUGAGUUCUUUAUUAUUGAGGGUCUUUAUUAUUAUUAGUUCUUUAUUUAGUAAUUCUGCAAUUAUAAGUUACUUUAUUCCCUUCUGAAAUAUCGUUUAUUUAAACCAAUAUAUAUAUCGAUGUUUUUACUAUCGAUAACUUAAAUCUUCUAGUGCUGCUGACUCUCUCAUUAGGUGCGAGGUACGUGGUCUCGUAGUGUUCAUCGCUAAACCACAAUCGGAAAAUGACGUCCAAGGUCUCUAGGGAAACAUUAUAUGAAUGUGUGAAUUCAGUUCUCACUCAUUCACAAGAAAAGAAGAGGAAUUUUGUUGAAACUGUGGAGAUUCAAAUCGGUCUGAAAAAUUAUGAUCCUCAGAAGGACAAACGUUUUUCAGGCACUGUUAAACUGAAGCACAUCCCCAGGCCAAAAAUGCAAGUUUGCAUCCUUGGUGAUCAACAACAUUGUGAUGAGGCAAAAGCCAAUAAUGUACCCUACAUGGAUGUUGAAGCACUUAAGAAAUUGAAUAAGCAGAAGAAGUUGGUUAAAAAGCUGGCUAAGAAAUAUGAUGCUUUUCUUGCAAGUGAAGCUCUUAUCAAACAAAUUCCCAGGCUACUUGGUCCAGGUCUCAACAAAGCUGGUAAAUUUCCUGGGUUAUUGUCACAUCAGGAAUCCAUGAUGCAAAAGAUUGAUGAAGUUAAAGCCACAAUCAAAUUUCAGAUGAAAAAGGUUCUCUGUUUGUCUGUAGCAGUUGGACAUGUUGGUAUGACAUCAGAUGAAUUAGUACAAAAUGUCCAUCUCUCAGUAAACUUCUUGGUUUCGCUGCUUAAAAAGCAUUGGCAAAAUGUUAGGUCAUUGCACGUUAAAUCAACUAUGGGACCUCCCCAAAGAUUGUACUAAUUUAUUUUUCUUUUAAAUAAAAUGACUACAUUUUGAA